AAUGCCCCAACAAUUCCAACUACAUUUUGUCAGUUUAUUAUUGCUAACAAAUUUAUUAGCAAUAAUUCCAGUCAGUUAUACAUUGUCUGCUUUAUGGCCAGCUGCUCAUUAUGCAAACGGAUUUAUUGGAGAGCCAUUAGUGGAUAGCAGUGAUUUUGAAAAAAUUGAAGCAUUUCCCCCAGUCAUUGGAGGACAACAAAAACGUAGCAACUCAUUACCCAGUUUGGCACUUUUUGAAAUAACUCCGCUUUCCGGAAACAGAGAAAGGAGAGCACCUUUUAAGACGGAAGAAGACCGUUGGAUGCAGGCUAUGGAUAAUUUGCGAAAACCGAGGUAUUUUUUUGAAGGGAGGGAAGGGAGGAAGGAGGGACGGGAGGAAGGAACUUGGGAAGGAAUUUUCCCGGAGGGACUCUCAAGGGAUAUUAUUGAUUCUGGAGUGAUGACCAUUUCUAGGGCACUAAUACCAAAAUUCGUUCGAGCUUCUGUAAUCUAA